CUGUUUCAUUGCUCUCAUUGCAGCAUCAUGACAGGUAGAGGGAGAACAUGCAAGGCAAAAAGCCCUGACACUAAGUGUGCCAAGAGUACAUCUAAACCUGAGGAAAUGAAACAUGAAUCUCCCCCCAGAUGCACGAGGAAGGACUUUAAAGAAGAGAAGCAGAAAGGCGCCACAAAGGAACAGAAACCAAUGGUGCAGAAAAAGACGAGCAGCACUGACGAAAAGCCAUCUGCACAGAGCAUCCGUAAAGAGAAGACCACAAAACAUUUCACAGAAGAGGUGAGCAAGCAGCAAAGUACACCUGCAGUUAACAAAAAGGCUCCUGUGCAAGGCAGACAAGUCGAAACAACAGAACCAGUUACAAAGUCAAAGAAGAUGCAGCCAAAGGGCACUACAGAGGAUUCUCCAAAAACCACAAAGGAAAAAAAAUGUGUCAUGAAGGAAAAAUCCCCAGAACAAUCUAGAGAGGAGAAGACGAAGGUGCAGCCGGAGGACAUCAAGACGGCAAAAACAUGUACUACCAAAGACAAAAUUCCAGAGACAAAAAUGCAGCCACUGAGACCCAAGGAGAACCUAAAGGCUGAUCGGUGUGAAGGCAAAGUGGACAGGAUCCUCUCCACAACUCUGGACAAAUUAAGAAUAAAAAGGGAUGAAAAAUCAUAUACUUCCAAAGUUGUUAAUGAACUUGUAGACGCCAUACUUUCACAUUUGAAACAGAACACUCAAUGCUUUAAAGAAGCCGAACCACUACCGACUGGGAGUUACUAUGAAAAUCUAAAGAUUUCUAAUCCGGAUGAAUUUGAUGUCAUGCUGGCCAUUCCAGUUGACCGAGUGGACGUGAGUCCAUUUGGAGAUGAUGGAGCCUUUUACAGUGUGAAGUUCAAACGUGGCAAUAGCCCUCUGAAGAAAUUUGAAGAGAGCGGCACUUUAUCCGCCAGUAAAAUGCUGGACGAGUUCAGGGCAGAAGUCAAGGAAUGUGCCAAGAAAUAUACAGGAUGGGAGGUGAUAAGGAAGAAAAAAGGCUGCCCUGCAGUGACUCUGAUCAGAACAGUACAAUCGGUCACCGUCUCACUGGAUAUCGUUCUGAGCCUCAAGGUUAAAUCGAGCUGGCCAUCUUUCACCAAAGAAGGCCUUCAAAUAGAUAGCUGGCUGGGCACUAAAGUAAAGCGGGAUUACAAGUGGGAGCCAUAUUAUCUUGUACCGAAAUUUGAAGGCAAAGGUACAGAAGAGAAAGACGGGAUCCUAGCCAAGGAUACUUGGAGGGUGUCAUUCUCUCAUGUUGAGAAGGCCAUACUGAAAAAUCAUGGAUCGCAGAAGACAUGCUGUGAGAAAGAGGGAGAACGCUGCUGCAGGUGAAGAUUUUAACUUAAUCCUCAAGUAAAACUAGUCUUUUGUCCAAUUGCCAUUACUUAGAAAAACAAGUCUUUAUGUAUAUUUGGCAACAAUGGUAUAAUUACAGAAUAUAAUAGAA